UAAUUUCUGAUAUGCUAUUGUAAGCGUCGACCUUAGCCGCCAGUUUCGGCGGCGACUCAAGCAACUGAAGAUUGUUCGGCGGCGACUAAGCGCCGACUCAAAGCCGGUCAACUUCGCCCUCUGUCUUCAACUGGUACUUUUUAAGUUUUCUGGACGAUCCGUCUCCGUAAUUACAAAACUUUUGCUAGCAACAUGGCCGAUUUAGAUGAUUUCUUUGCAAAGAAAGACAAGAAAAAGUCGAAGAAACCAAAAUUUCUUACGGCCGAAGAAUUGGUAAAGAACUUGGAAGAAACAAAGCGCGAAGUAGCAAAAGCGAAAAAACCUGAACCAACAGUAGUAGCGCCAGUCGCACCAACUGUCGGCGAGACUGUUGAGGAUAAACCUAAAGAACAAGUUGAGGAUGAAUGGAAGGAAAUUGAGGAGGAACAGCGCAAAGAUUAUUCCGGUCUUAAAAUUGGCCAAUUGACCUUAAACGAUGAUGAAGAAGAGACCGACUCCGAAGGUCAAGAAGAUGAUGGCGAAAGUGAUGGCAAUCAAAAUAGUGAUUCUUUAAAGCGUAGCGGUGGUGGACCAUGGAAGAAGGUCAUACCUGCAGAGGAGGUAACACAAAUACCUAUGGAAAUGCCUAAGCCAGUUUCGAAAGUUUAUGUGUCGCCAGCUUUAAGAGCAGCUCAACAAGGUUUAGGUCCCGGCUUGAAACCUAAGCUACGCAACAAGGCUGCCCCUGAUAUUACCAAUGCCGAUUUCUUCCCCACCUUGGGUGCUGCUCGUCCCGAAGAGCAACGAAAAAAGAAAAAUGAACCUGCAUUUGAAGAAGUACGCCAUGGCAUGCGUGUACAAAGAGUUAAGGAACAAACUGUAGCCCCAAGUGCUGCCACUAAUCGUUUCCAAUCGCUGGACGAAACUGAAAGCUAGACCUUUUAAUAAACAUAAUCAUUCUUAAACUAAAUAAAACAAACAAAAUAAAGAGUG